AUAUCGAUAGUUUUGAUGUAUUUUAUAAUAUUUUUCACGUUUCGCUGUUUAAUUUGACAAUGAUAACACUAUGCGAGUGUUCGAUUACAAUAUUAAUAGUUUAAUAAUAUAAUUAUUAUUUUCAUACCCGCUGGCCACCUUUCCUAGCAUAAUAAUUUAUUGUGCACAGUAGCUACGCGCACGAUGAUCCUUCACGACGGGAUGAUACUUAAUGAUGGCUCAUCGUACCAGCAAAAGAUGUUCGACAGAGCAGCUGUGCUAUUGCAAAAGUUUCCAUUCCGAUUUCUCAACAGAGUUUCCAGAGAGAAUGUCGAGCGGUCCGGCAACUCACGAAAAAUGGCGUUUUACUAUUCGAAACGUUUCCCAAACAUGUGUAUGAGCUCGUCGUUCUACGACGACAUUAUGAAUAUCGCAGAAAUGCACGUCAACUAUUAUCAAUCUCGUUGGUUUGAUUUUGGUGAACUAUAUUCAGAACCAUCUUUCAAUGAAUCUACAGUUCCUUGGACUAAUCGUCCAGUAUUACGACCAAUAAAUUCACAAAAUACAUUUGUUCAUAGUGUCAAUUACAAAUACAAUAACAAUCAGAGGGAGUUAACUAAUAGCCAUACUCUUAAAGUUCAAUUACCCAAUAAACUAGUCACUAUUCUAGUUCCAACACCUAGUUCUGUUGAAUCAUUUUCAGCAUCUAGUUCACCAUUAGAUUUUGAAGAGCCUAUUACACCUCUAAAAUUAAUGUCUAGAAAUAAUAAUGAUUUAAAAAAAUCACCUGAAGAAAAUAAUAAUAAAACACAUGUCAUAGAGGACAAUGAUACUAAAAAUGGCAGCAUUGACUCGGAUAGUUCUAAAUCAGAUACUACUAUUGAUGAAAAGACUGUAUCGUAUGCGGAAAUCAUAAAAUAUUCUAAACCUACAAAACCUAAACAAUCUGAAAAACCUGAGUAUAAUAUUAUUGAAGAAUCUAAAAAAGAAUCUAUUAAAUCUAAUAGAAUUCCACCAUCUAAAAAAAUUUCAAUUAAGCUGCCCGAUGCUCCGUUUUUACCAAAUAAUCAACAUUGUGCAUUUUGUAAAAAUAAUGGUGAAGAAGAAUCAGUUUAUAGAACACAUUUUGUUAAAGAUGAAUUAGGGAAUGUGAAGUGUCCGUUUUUAUCAAGGUACACGUGUCCACAUUGUAAGGCAACUGGGACUAAAGCACAUACUAUAAGUAGAUGUCCAUUAAGUAAUAAAAAUAGAAUUAAUAAAUUCAAUAAACAACAGUGAUAA